UUUGUUUUUGAAAAUAACAAGAUGAUGAUGAACCAAGUUUACAAAAAAAAAAGAUGAUGAUGAACCAUUGAACAUGAGAAAAGUCGCAAACAAGAAAGAAAAAUUCAAGUGAAAAUGAGUGGCAAAAUUACAAUCUUCGUCCUAUUACUUUUUCUUCCUAUUUCUUCUACUUCUUCGUCUGACGACGUUCUGUUACUCUCGAAAAAUGAGACCCUUGCAUCUCCUGGAGAUGUCUUCGAGCUCGGUUUCUUCAAUCCUGGUAAAGUUUCCAACUGGUAUCUCGGUAUCUGGCUCAAGCAAGACCCCGACAGAACCGCUUUAUGGGUCGCCAACAGAGAUCAUCCUCUCCUCGGAUCCCACGGAACACUCAGAUUCUUCAACAGUAACCUCAUCCUCUUUGAUCGAAAUAACAAUCAUGUCUGGUCAACAAGUAUAGACGGGACUGUGAGGCGUGAUGUUGUGGUAAAGCUUCUCAAGAACGGUAAUUUGGUGGUGAAGGAGGCCGCAAGCGACACGAAUCAAUUCUUAUGGCAGAGUUUCGAUUUUCCUACUGAUUCUAUAUUCUCCGGAAUGAAGAUGCGUACUGGAACUGGCAAUAAACUUAAAUCAUGGAUUAAUCCUAAUGAUCCGUCCACCGGUGUUCACUUUUUGGGAGUUACAGAGGAAAUAUCGGGCUUUUGGUUUUAUGAAGAGCAAGAAUAUGGGACAGAGAUUAACCUUGUUGAUUUAUGGAAUGGAUACAGCUUCGGAGAUAUGCCACCGAUUUUUCAAGUAGAAGGUGACACGAGUUCACAACAGCAAUCACUUGUAAUGACAACCAACCAUGGAAAAUUCUCUAGGUUGAGGUUAGGGCCCGAAGGAAUCUAUGAAGUAUACACGUGGUUCUCUAAACAUCGAGAAUGGAACUUAUCAUGGUCAGUUAAUGAUUCGUGCUUCUUGAUUAGCUCAUGUAAAUCGUACAGCUUCUGCUCCGCAUACACAACGCCCAGAUGCAAUUGUAUCGAAGGAUUUAGUCAGAAGUUGGAUAUUACGUGGACCGGAUGUACGAGAGUGACUAAUAUGAGUUGCAGUCAAGAUCGGUUUACUACGCUUCAUAACAUGAAACUGCCGAAUGUUAGAGAUGUUCAGGUGAGUUGGAGUAGUGACUUGCAGAACUGUGAGGAGAAUUGCCUUGCAAAUUGCCAUUGCACGGCAUGGUUUGUGGAAAGCGAAGAAGAACGGCACGGGAAGUGUGUGACAUGGUAUGGAGAGCUCGAAGGUAUGCGAAACUAUACCUUCGGCGGUCAUGACCUGCAUGUCAGAAUUGCUCCUACGGAUCACGGAGUCGUGGACAAGAAAACCAAAAACAGAAAUAUAAUAAUAGGUUUCAGUAUUGGGGUGAGCUUUUUCCUUCUUGUAAGCUUUAUCAUUUUCCGCUUUUGGAAAAGGAAACAGAAGCAAUCAAUAACAAUUCCAGAGCCUAUUGUAACAAGCCAAGCUUCGAUAAUGAAUGAGGUGGUAAUAUCAAGCAAGAGACACACAUUAGGAGAUAUGAAAACAGAGGAGCUUCCACUGAUGGAUUUUGAAGCUAUUGCCAUAGCAACAAACACUUUUUCUAACACCAACAAGCUUGGAAAAGGUGGAUUCGGUAUUGUUUACAAGGGAAGGUUAAUUGACGGGAAAGAAAUUGCGGUUAAGAGACUAUCAGAAACGUCCUCACAAGGGACAAAUGAGUUUGAGAAUGAGGUGAGCCUUAUUGCAAGGCUGCAGCAUAUCAAUCUGGUCCGGCUUCUUGGCUAUUGCGUCAAUAAGGGGGAGAAGAUGUUGAUUUACGAAUACCUGGAGAAUCUAAGCCUUGAUUCUCACCUCUUUGACAAAAGCCGAAGCGCCAAACUAAAUUGGCCACUGAGAUUUGAUAUUGCUAAGGGUAUUGCAAGAGGCCUGUUAUAUCUUCAUCAAGAUUCACGGUUUAGGAUCAUCCAUAGAGACUUGAAAGUAAGUAACGUCUUGCUUGAUAAAAAUAUGAUUCCAAAGAUCUCCGACUUUGGAAUGGCUAGGAUUUUUGGACGGGAUGAGACAGAAGCUUGUACCCGGAAGGUGGUUGGAACUUAUGGCUACAUGUCUCCAGAAUAUGCAAUGAAUGGGAUAUUCUCAGUGAAGUCAGAUGUAUUCAGUUAUGGCAUCUUACUUCUAGAGAUCAUAAGCGGCAAGAGGACUACAGGAUUUUACAAGUCAUGUGACGACCUUAGUCUCCACGGUUGGGUGUGGAGGAACUGGAAGGAAGGAAAAAGGCUAGACAUCAUAGAUCCAAUCAUAAAAGAUUCUACAUCGUCAUCGUUAGUGUUCAAGACACAUGAAGCUUUAAAAUGCAUACAUAUUGGUCUGUUGUGUGUUCAAGACCGUGCUGAAGACAGACCAGAGAUGUCAUCUGUAAUGGUAAUGUUUGGAAGCGAAACUAUGAUUCUUCCUGAGCCUAAACAACCAGAGCUUUGCGUUGGCAGAGGUCCUCUUGAGCCUGAAUUAAGCAAACAGGGUGACGAUGAGUGGACAGUGAACCAAAUCAGUCGCUCGGUUAUUGACGCUCGGUAAAUUUGAAAGUACUAAACUGGUCUGUUUAAUGUUUUACCAGUCUGUACUAUUAAAUAGCAGAAUUGCCUUCCCUUUUAAAUAAGAGUAUAACGAUGUCACAAAAAAGGAGUACAAUUGUAGCGCCACUUCCGAAUAAUAAUAAAAAUAAUAAAAAUAAU